UGUCGUAGUUCACGCUGCUGUCGGCUGCCGAGCAGAAGAUGUCUGCAGCCGUCGGCGUGCCGGAGAGUUUCAUCGCUAGGAAAGCUGCCGGCCAGACGGUGAGAAAGGGCGUGAACAUGGAGGCCGUGCGGCGGAUGUAUCUGGCUCUGGUGCUGUUCUCCCUGCUGAAGGAGACCAACCUGUGGAGCGUGUCCGACCGGUUCCAGCUGAGCCGCGGCUUCGUCCAGAGUCUGCUCAGCUCGUCCUCGGCCUUCUGCUCCUGCGUGCUGCACUUCACUCAGGAGCUGGAGGAGCUGUGGCCGUUCAACGCUCUGCUGACGGAGCUGACGCGGCGCCUGAGCUACUGCGUGACGGCCGAACUCAUCCCCCUGAUGGAGGUGGUCGGAGUCAUGGAGGUCAGCGUCCACAGACACAC